UUCAAAGUAUGAAUUUUUGUAACACAAAAUACUUGUCCUUUAUUAUUAGGUUGACAGGUUUUUCUUAACCACAUUUCAAUUUUGUGUAAUUGAGGAGGACUACAUCUUUUUGGUGGAAACUGGAAAGUCGUCGUCAAGUCAACUAUCACCAUAUUUAUUUCAAAAAACUUUAUAUCCAGCUGAAGCUAUAAUCCAGUUCUUUAUAUAUGCAACAUAAUUCUUCCAUUUCUACUACUCCACAUACAAUUCUUUUUUCUUAAGUGUAGAAAACCAUCACAUACUUAAUUCUCUACUAAAACCCUUUCAAGUUUCAACCAUGGGUUAUUUAAGUUAUGUUCUUGUACUAACAGUUUCCGUGUGUUGGGUGUUGACACCACUCAUGUUGGGAGACGAAGUGUCAUCACCCCAAGUAAUAGCCCCACAUUGUUCACCUAAGUGUGGAAAUAUCACCAUUCCUUACCCGUUUGGUAUUGAAGAUGGUUGUUACUUUGAUGAACACAGUAACAAAACUACUCAACAACUGUUCAAAAUCAAUUGUACUAGUGAUUCUAGUACUCCAACACCAAUACCAAUACCAAUACCAAUUCUUGGUGAAAAUAUUCAAGUAGUCAACAUUUCAAUACAAGGGGGUGAACUCCGCAUUUACACAAACACAAUUUCUUACCGGUGUCAUAGUUACAAUAACCAAAGUAAUAACCAAAGUCGUAGGUCGGGCUUCGUUCAAGGCCCGAAAUGGAGUAGUGUCAACCUAGCAAGAUUUACCCUAUCUAGCACAAAAAACGUCUUAGUUGCAAUAGGUUGCGACACCUAUGCCUGGUUUAAAGGGGUACGAAAUAGCACGAGCUAUUCCACAGGAUGCAUGGCUCAAUGCGUCCAAACAACUGAUGCAAUGGAUGAUGAGUGUUCUGGGAUUGGUUGCUGUCAAGCUUCCAUUCCUAGUGGAACUAUCAAUGUCAAUGUUUCUACUCACACUUUUAAUAAUCAAACAUUCGUUUAUGAUUUCAACCCAUGUAGUGCUGCGUUUGUUGUGGCGAAAGAUGCUUUUAAAUUCUAUCGAGAUAGUUUAAGAAAUGAGUUAAACUAUUACAGGGAGUUGAAGCUUCCAUCGGUACUCAGUUGGACUAUUGGACAACAGAAUUGUUCAUUGGCGAAAGCGAAUGGUGAAGGUGAAGGUGAAGGUGAAGGUGAAAGCUACUUGUGUAAAGAAAACUCAGAAUGUUAUGAUCCGGUGAAUGAAUUAGGAUAUCGUUGUAAGUGCAAGGAUGGUUACUCUGGUAACCCUUACCUUCCUCAAGGCUGCAAAGAUGUUGACGAGUGCAUGGGGGCACAUGAUUGUGACAAGCCAACAUAUUGUAUCAACAUUGAUGGAGGUCAUUAUUGUAAAUGUCCGAAAGGCUAUCACGGGAAAGGCACCAAAACUGACCCUUGCAUUUCCAGUAGAAAGGCUUGGCUAACACCAGUCUUGGCCAGUGCAGGUGUUGGUGGCAUAAUCGUUGUUAUCUUUUUGGUUUCCUUUUGGUUUUAUUUGCAACAUGGGAAUAUGAAGCUUCAAAAGAUGAGGGAAACAUUCUUUCUUCAAAAUGGUGGUCAUUUGUUACAACAAAAGCUUUCACGACGUGACGUGUCAGUAGGCUAUACAGUUCAAAUGUUUGCAAUUGAAGAACUUAAGAAGGCAACUAAUAACUAUAGCGAGAAUAGCAUAAUUGGUCGAGGUGGUUUUGGGAUGGUUUACAAAGGAAUAUUACCAAACAACCAAGUAGUUGCAAUCAAAAGGUCCCUCAAAGUAAACUCGACCCAAGUUGAGCAAUUUGUCAAUGAAGUAAUUGCAUUGUCUCAGAUAAACAAUAAGAAUGUGGUGAAGCUCUUAGGUUGUUGUUUGGAGAUGGAGGUGCCUUUGCUCGUUUAUGAGUACAUAAGGAAUGGUACAUUGUAUGACCAUUUGCACGAUCAACAAAAGGUACGUCUUCUAACAUGGGAUGUUCGUUUGAGGAUAGCAGCUGAAGUUGCCGAGGUCUUAUCAUAUUUGCACACUACAAUUACAAUACCGAUAAUUCACAGGGAUAUAAAAUCAAUGAACAUACUUUUGGAUGAGAAUUACAUCGCAAAAGUUUCUGAUUUCGGUGCUUCAAAGCUAGUACCAGAAAAUGAAGAUCAGUUAACAACAAUGGUUCAAGGAACAUGUGGUUAUCUUGAUCCUGAAUACAUGCAAACUGGUGAACUAACUGAAAAAAGCGAUGUUUAUAGCUUUGGUGUUGUUCUUGUUGAGCUACUAACUGGACAGAAGGCAAUUUCUUUUGAUAAGGCAGAGGAAGAAAGAUGUCUUGUCAUUUACUUUCUUCGGAAGUUAAAGGAAGAUUGCUUGUUUACGAUUCUUGAUGAGAAUGUACUGAGUGAAGGAGAUAUCGAAUUGCAAAUUAAGGAAGUUGCAAAUGUUGCACGAAAGUGCUUAAAAGUGAAAGGUGAAGAUCGUCCUACUAUGAAACAAGUUGCAAGAGAAUUGGAUGAUAUUACUGGACUUUGUUCACAUCCAUUGUCGAAGAAAAGAGUUGUUCUUGAAGAUCAAGAAGAGAGUGAAUAUUUGCUUGGUGAGACUUUGGGUGACAACAAUAGCUACAGCAACAGUGUUGCUGGUGGCUCUUCGAGUAGCCAGAGUAGAGUUGUCCAGUUGGUGCCUUUAAGUGAUGGGAGAUAAUUAAUCAUAUUGAUCUAUCAUUAUGUGCUUCGUCUAUGUUUAAGCUAUGAUUACAUUAUUCAUUAUUAAUGAUUGUUCUGGUUCUGUAUAUUUUCUUUUUGGUGCAAAUGAGCUAUAAUGACGGGGAUGAGAAAUUGAGAAUCGAUCCCAAGAUCACCCGAAACCGGGAGAGAAGCUCUAACCAAUUGAGUUAUCUCUCAUUCUCUUUGGUUCUGUAUAUAUGAUCGAUGUAAUUAUUGUGGUUUUUUAGAUAACUAUAUUAGACCCCGUGUACGCAUGAAUAUUUUAAAUUUAUUAUUUGACCAUUUUUAUAAAA